GCGCCGGCCAUGGUUGGCUUUGCGCGCUUGGUGCUGCUGGCCCUGGGCUUGGCGAAGCUGCCUUGCGCCCGCGGCUCCUGGACCGAAGCCAACACGGCCUGCGCCACCAGGGUCCCCGGGGGCCGCUCCGGGCUGCUGAGCUUCCUCUGGCUGCGCCCCGACGGCUCCCCCGCCCCGGUCCUGGUGCAGAGCCUGUGGGAUCUGCGCAGCGGGGAGUUGCUGGAGUGCGCCCUGCGGACGGAGCCCGACGUGACCCGCCGCUACUUGGAGCUCUGCGGACCCGGAGGGCUCCGCCACCCCUUGGCCCGCGCCUCCUGGGACCCGCGGCUGCGGCGAGAGCUGGACGCCUUGGAAGCGCGCAAGGGAGCCUGCAAGGGAACGCCGGCCCGACGCGCAGCUUCUGCGCCGGCGGCGGCGGGAGGAAAACGGGAAGGGGAAGCGCGGCCGCGGAGCCGUCGGGCCUUCACGCUUCCCGGGACGCUUUGGUGCGGAGCCGGGGCCACGGCUGAGAUGCCCUCGGAGCUGGGGGUUUUCCAGGGCCCGGACGUGUGUUGCCGUGAGCAUGACAAUUGUGAUGCUCACAUCACAGCUCUGGAGUUCAAGUACGGCAUGCGUAACUACCGGCUGCACACCAUUUCUCACUGCAGCUGCGAUAACAGGUUCAGCGAUUGCUUGAGGAACCUCAACGACACCAUCUCCAACUUCAUUGGGAACAGUUUCUUCAACUUGCUGGAAGUCCCGUGCUUCCAGCUGACGGAAACCGAGGACUGCGUUGAAUGGCACUGGUGGGGCGGGUGUAAGAAGUAUGGCAUGGUGCCGCUGGCUCACUUGGUGGAUCCAAGCCCAUAUCAGCCCAUCGAGAACCCCAAAGCUACCGCUUCUCCUCUCCAGCCUGGUCGGCGUCGGAAACCUGGCUCGAAAGGCCACAAAACGCGGAGAAAGAAGGUGAAAAAAACCAGUUCCAAAACUCAAGAUCCCAUCAGCCCCUUCUCCAAGCUGAAUCAGGUCACUCACCUCCCGGGGAGAAGCUCUCCAGGUGAGGAGACUGUGCCAAGGUCACCUGCCCUUCCAACUACGUUGGAGCCUGGUUCCACCAAGAUGGAAGGUGAGAUUCUCGCCACACGUCACCCGGUCGUCUUUUCUACGGAAGAAGCCUCCUCCAACGAGACCUGGCAAGGAAAAAGGCCCUUCGCCGGACCGUCUGCAGGACACGGCCAGGUGUCUAAGCCAAGACCAGGCCUGUCGCGGAGAUGCCGCUGCUACCGACGGCUGGACCAGUGCCCCUUCCAGAUCGGCCCCCACGAGUCCAAGUACCAGCUCCACAAUUCAGACGAUCGCAUGCUUUUCCAUUGUAACUGCACCCGCCGGUUGGCCCGGUUCCUGCGCAGGACGAAGGGUCCCAAUGAGGUGGAGGAGCAAGUCCUGUCCAACUAUAUCUCCCCUUCCUGUUUCGUCCUGGAGACCCCCCCAGGCUGUAGGACGGGAGGCAAAAGCUGGCCAAACUGCAUUGGCGUCGGCAAGGCCAUCCUGGCCCCAGCUCGCCACCUCACCAACCGGCUGACGGGCAAAGCGGCGAGGGGCUCUCUCAAAGUGAAGCGCCAAGAAGGGGCAUCCCUUGAGGGAGCCGCCCAGCUCUUCGAGAAGUGUGUGCAGCUGGUGCGUGCCACCUUCCAGCCGGUGCCCCGCUGAGUGAGGGUGGCCUUUGCCAUCGCACACACACACACACGAGAGAGAGAGAGAGAGAGAGAGCACCAAGCCCAGGAAGUGGACACAACGAAACGGAGCCGUUCCUCCUCCCAUGUGCGUUUCCUGCCCAGUACAGACAACACAACCGCUGGUAUGAGGCAAAAGAGGGCAAUCCAUGGCGCAAUGCCAGCUGGACCCUACCUGCUGCAAAAGGAAUUGGCCUCAGAAGACCCGGGACCCUCAAAAACUCGGGGGCACCGGGGCUUCAGUGGGCGGCUGAUGGUACCGAGCCCCAAACGAAGGGACGACGGGGAGAGGUGAAGCCGCAGCCAGGUGGGGAUGUCCAGGUGACGUCCCUCACCUCUCAAAGCAGAGGGGGCCUGAGCAAGACUCCUCUGGUGGGGAGGGGCAGGGGUCUUCCACCCCACCCCAACCAUGGUCUCCUUGCAAAGAGGGGCAGCCUAUAACUUAUUUGGGGAAGGGACAGUGUUGUGGGGCCCUGAACGAUGUCGCAAUAACAUGUUUUCUAAACGUGGCUUGAGGUCGUCUUGGUUUUUUUGGGGGGGGGGGGAAGAAGGAAGGACACCAAGAAGUAGGUGGGGAGGGGGCAUCAGGCGUGGUAU